AUGAGAAACCUGCACAGUGAAGAGCAGAAACAACUUGGUAACUUCUCCAGAGGCACCAGAGAGACCUACUGUGGCGUUGGUCAGGUUGAAGAUGCCUUUCCUAUCAGACUCCCGGUAGUGACCACAAUUCAAGAUCAGGACUUGCUCCUCAUCCACGCACGGUUCAAGAAAUCUUUGAAGGAAGGGCUCAGCCUCCUUGAGCUCCUAGAUCAAUCAGGUCGAGAGUUCCUUGGUCGCUGUGUAGGAUACUACUGCAGAGGGGUGAAUCCUGAAGCGAAAUCGGGGGAUCACUGCAUUAGGGAUCGCCUCCCACCCCAGCCUUUGACUGCACAGUUCUCUGGAGUCCUUCAGAAGCGCACAGAAGUCCCCUCCUUGUGCCGACUCCCUGAGCACGCGGUGGCAAAGCCUCCGGACCUCGAGACCUUUGAGGAAAAGGAAGCCGCCCUGUGGGAGCGAUUCGUGCCGGAGCCACUGGCCAAGUCACCGGGGCAGCGAGAGGAGCUCCUGGGGAUCUUCGGGGUCCUCACACGAUCUCUCCCUCGCCAAAAUCGGACUCUGUUUCCCACUGGAAACAUUCAAAAAAAGAAGAAGUCUUCACAGCAACUCGCCGCUGUCAGCGCUGCCCACUUUCAAAAAACUAUACUGGAUUGUGACACCCUGAAAAGACCAAACGAUUUCUCUUCUCCGAGUUUGAACUCAAGUACUCACGCGAUCACAACGGGUCAAAAUGUGUCUCUAACUUGUUCCCACAAGAACACAUCAUUGCCAAUCACCUAUUCAUUGUUUUUGCAUACGAAACACCUGGAAACCAAGGAAGGCAAAGGCAAACCUGGGAUUUUUUACCUAACAAUCUUCAAAGCCAAUGACUCAGGACCUUACAAAUGCAAAGCUAAAUUUUCCAACUGCUCAAAAUACAGUCCCAAGUUCUACUUCACGGUUGAUGAUGGACACAGCUGUCCUUCACGCCUGCUGCUGCUGCCGUUGCUGAUUCCAGUGUCACUUUUGGUGUUGGUGGCAAUAGUGCUGGUUUGUUUGAUACCAAAAUGGAAAGCAAGAAAAGCUACGAGAGAGAAUGUACCAGAGGACCCUGGAGAUUUACCCAUGGGAGGUGCACUGUACGAAAAUGUCUGUAAAGAUCAAGCAGGCGCCCAAGACUCCCAGGAGAUACAGUAUGUUACCCCGGUCUUCCGAGAGUCGGCCCGCAGGGAGCCAGAGCCCUGUCGUGAAGGUAAAACUGGUUGUGUCUAUUCUGAACUCAACUUGUGAAAUGUAAAGAAACCACUUAGUGUAAGACACUUUCUUAAAGGUGAUUUACAUGAAAACAAAGAAAAUACAACGGCACUCUAAAAAGUCUAGCUUCAACCAGGCAUGAUGGACUGUACCUAUAAUCCCAGCACUCAGGAGGCUGAGGCAGGAAGAUUGAGCGCUUGAGGUCAGCCUUGGCUACAAAGCAAGUUUGAAGGUAGCCUGGACUGCACAGAGAGACGCUCUCAAACAAACAAAAAACAAAAAAUUAAAAAUAUGUAAAGUGAAUCUCCAUUUUUCAUAAUGAAACGUUAUUCCUUUGGCUCUUUUGGAUGCAUACCAACCCUGUGAUCAGACAGCAGCUUGGUCAGCUGGGACCCAUUGGGAAUUGUUUUAGAACACACGUGCUAUUUGCAGACGUGGGCCCUUCUGUGCCUUCCAAUACCCCUCCCCCAAAAAAUAUUUGUUUGUUUU